GAUGAGCUGUUGCAAAACUAUUACUAAGGCAAAAUCAUUUAAAAAGUGGGUUACAAUUGCGUAACCUGGGACUCGCAGCAAUGGUUGCUGCCCAUAGGUGGGGGACGGUGGGAGGUCUCUGGUCUUGCUACUGAGUCUGCAGUGCCCAGACCAUCCCUGCAGGGGAUGGGACAUCACCUGGAAGGAGCUGCUGGUGUUUCCUGUGGAAGAAUCCGUCUCUGCUGAUCUCCCUGCAGGAUUUGACCUGCCUUUUGUUGUUCAAGCUGAGCGUGUGUGUGCAUGUGCGCAGCAAGAACCUCUCCGGGAGCUGUUUGCCAGACUCACCCAGUUACUGGGAACCAAACCAACCACCCUUCCCCUCCCCUCACAUGCUCAGACAAACUCUGCGUGUGCAGGAGGGCUGCAGCUGGGAAGGAGCUUCCUCGCUCGGAGAGGCGCCCAGAUCCGGACACCUUCCUCUGGCUUUCCCACCUGGACAGUGCUUCACACGCCCCCUGCCACGGGGAUUGGCACAGAGCUUGGCGCAGAGAUUGCGUCCCCUUCCUGCUCCACUGCGGGUCCAUGACCGGAGCCAGCGCUGGGUUGAACUGGGCACACGGGUGCUGGGCAGCCCUGGGACACUGCAGUGCCCUGGAUGAGAGGACCCUGAUCAUCAGUUUGCCAUCGUGUCCUGGCUAUGCCCUGUGCUGGACACUUCCCACCCCACAGCCCCCGGUGAGCGGGCAAGGAACUCCUCCAGGUCGGGUGACUCUGGUCUCCCUUGGCUACCAUGGAUUGGAAAACACUGCAGGCACUGCUCAGCGGGGUCAACAAGUACUCCACAGCCUUCAGCCGCAUCUGGCUCUCUGUGGUCUUUGUCUUCCGUGUGCUGGUCUAUGUGGUGGCAGCCGAGAAGGUCUGGGGCGACGAGCAGAAGGACUUUGAUUGCAACACGCGGCAGCCGGGCUGCACCAACGUGUGUUAUGACCAUUUCUUCCCCAUCUCCCACAUCCGCCUCUGGGCCCUGCAACUCAUCUUUGUCACUUGUCCUUCCCUCCUGGUCAUCAUGCACGUGGCCUACCGGGAGGACCGCGAGAGGAAGAACCGGGAGAAGAAUGGAGAGAAUUGCCCCAAGCUCUACAGCAACACGGGCAAGAAGCAUGGCGGGCUGUGGUGGACCUACCUGUUCAGCCUCUUCUUUAAGCUUGUUGUAGAGAUCCUGUUCCUCUACCUCCUCCACAAGAUGUGGGACAGCUUCGAUUUGCCACGGCUGGUCAAGUGCUCCAAUGUGGAUCCCUGUCCCAACACCGUGGACUGCUACAUCGCUCGACCAACCGAGAAAAGGGUUUUCACCUAUUUUAUGGUUGGAGCCUCCUCCAUCUGCAUUGUCCUCACUGUCUGUGAGAUCUUCUACCUCAUCUUCAAGCGAGUCGUCCGGAGGGCAAGGAAGUGGAGGAAAUCCACCAAGCACUCCAUCAGCUACAGCAAGGCCUCCACCUACCACUGCCACGUCAAGUCAGAGGAGAAGGACAACAAGUCCCAGCCUAGAGGAGAAGAGCUGUGAGCUCACCCGUCCCAGCCAGUUCACAUUCCCCUCAACUUGGCUUUUCCAGCCUGCCAAAGCCCCGAAUCCUCAAGAGUCGACCCCUGUGAAAAAUGACUAAACCAAACAAAGUAAUGUCCUUGGAGAGAGAGCCAUGGGUGUCUGAGCAGACACAGGUAAGGCAAGGGCAGCCCUGGAGAUCUGCAGGUAGCGGUGCCACAAGCAUGGACAUCACAGCAGCACACAGAUCCUCCGUGUCCUCUCUUGGGUCCUGCAGCUCUGCCACUCCCAUGCUGGGUGUGAGAGCCAGGGCUGGUGCCACCCAGUGUGUGCCAGUUCUCCCUCACACGUGCACAGACCCAAGCACUGCUUUCUUUUGUACCAAGAAACCAAAGGAAUUCUGAGCUCCUUGGCCAGAGCUCUCUUUGUGCACCCAAAGUAAUGACAGAGAACCAGGGCUCCAGUCUGUUGACAACCGUUCUGCUGGCCCAGUUUGCCAUUACUGGAGUGGGGCAACUUCUCCCCCUUGGCUCACACAAGCACCAAGCCAUGUUCUGCCCAAAUGCCCACGCUGACUCUGCUGCUUCCCUUGGUGCCUCUGUGUCCUCUCACCUCAGAUGCACAUCACACAUGGCACAAGCUACAGAUCCAAAAGGGCAAUAAAUGUCAUGUUUGGAGACACCAAGAUCUGCUCUGUAUGUUGGAAAUCAGGGGACUGGUGAGGGGAGAAGACAUGGAUUUGCAGAGGUUCUUCAGGAGCCCUCAGCCAGGUCCUCCUCAUCUGCCCGAGCUGGGCAUUGGUCGAGCCCACAGCCAAGUUCACGUCCGCCCGUUCCACCUCUCCCAGCUUGUCAUGCAUCAUUAAACUUUAAUUCAGGAGAACCUCACGCUGGCCCCCAAGGAAAUCAAGGAGGGAUGAGCAUCAAUUAUUUACUAAACUUUGAGAAAUAUUACAAUAAAUAGAAAUUA